UUGGGUUAAGUCAAUUCUUCAUUCUUCAUUCUUCAUUCUUCAUUCUUCAUUCCUCAGUUCUGAAUUUCAAUUUCUAACUUCCGUAGUUUCUUCCAGCCUUCCAGGUACACUAUCUUGCAUUACUUAAUAUUUUCUAACCACAAUUCAAUUGCAGAAUUAUUACUUUCAGUAGCAUCAUCUAUUUGUCUAAGCUACUGUCAUCUUGCAAACCCUAUUUCACUUUGUUUUUUCUCCGAUUUUGCACAAAUUUAGCACAACCCAUCAUCAUUCAACUGCUUCUGAUCCGUUUUUUACAUCUGGGUAGUGGGUACUAGAAAUUUUUCAUAAUCUGUAUCUGAUUUGGGAAACUGGGUAGUAUGAAGUGUUGUUGGGGUUAUAAAUCAAAGAUGGCCUGUAACCAUCAAGAAAACAUUGAAAACGAUGAAAUAUCUAAAUUAAAAGCAGGAAUUGGGGAUUCAGCAAUACGAUUUUCCUUUAAAGAGUUACAGAAGGCAACAAACAAUUUCAGCACAAAAUUGGGCAUAGGCGAUCUUUCAACUUGCCAUAAGGGCACUUUAGAAAAUGGGACUGUUGUGGCAGUUAAGGUGCUUAGGCCGCGGAACGCGGAUAUUAGAAUGUAUAUAGAAUUAAGGGUAUUGAUCAAUGUAAUGUCCGAAAUUAGGCAUCAGAAUGUGGUUGAAUUUAUUGGAUGUUGUGUUGAGGAUGAUCAUGUAAUUAUUGUGUAUGAGUUCAUGGAAGGUGGUAGCUUAGCUUCUUUAUUAGAUGAUGAAGUUUCUAAGUUAAGCUGGCCUAUGAGAGCUUCUAUAUGUCUUGGCAUCGCUCGUGGUCUUGAAUGUCUUGACGGUAAGAUUCUGCAUCGCGAUAUUAGGCCUAAUAACGUACUUCUUGACAAUAGCUUCAAUCCUAAAAUUAUGGAUUUUGGGAUAAUGCACAUAUUUACUGACUAUGCAUCAGAUGAGGGUGAUAGAAUUCCCAAAAAUAUAGGUUAUAUUGAUAGGGAAUACAUGACUACUGGACAUAUGACAACCAAGGGAGAUGUUUAUGCCUUUGGGGUUGUUCUCCUUGAAGUCAUUAGUGGUAAGAGAGUUCCACAGUUUCUGAAAGAUUGCAAUGACAGUGGUAGGAGACUUGCGCAGUGUCUGCAAGCUGGCAAGAAUUUGGUGGAUUGGGCUCGACAACUUGGUCAAGAUGGUAGUUUUCUAGAGAUAAUUGAUCCCACUUUAUCCGAGUUUCCAGAAGAUGAGGUGAAACGUUUUAUCGACGUUGCUCUCUCUUGUGUCCGUUUAUCGUCAAACCUGAGACCAAGCAUGUCCGAGGUUUCUCUCUUGCUCUCUGGAGGCCAUGACUUGAGUAAGAACACUCAAAACAACCCAGCGGAGGCUUGGUAGUCCCGCACUUCUGAUGACGUCAAUCAUACUCUUUGGCAUCAGGUGUUUUAGCCAGGAAUUUUCUGCCAAGAGGCUCUUCUUUAACUGUCACAGAUGAUUCAAACUCAGAUGACAAUCUCCUCCUUUCCCCUGACAGGAUCUUCAGCUGUGGAUUCUAUAACUUCGGAACCAAUGCCUAUUACUUCUCCAUUUGGUUCACUUAUUCGAAUGAACGAACCGUUGUCUGGACAGCGAACCGAGACAGGCCGGUUAACAGGCGUGGUUCGAGGCUAACUCUAAGGACAAAUGGUGUGAUGCUUUUGACAGAUUAUGAUGGCUCAACAGCUUGGGAAACAAAUACAACAUCGACAAAUGCUGAAAGAGCUGAGCUUCUCAACACAGGGAACCUUGUUCUUAAGGAUAAUGCUGGUAAUACUCUUUGGCAAAGUUUUGAUUUUCCUACAGAUACUUUGCUUCCUCAUCAACUGUUUACAAAGAACAGAAGAUUGUUAUCUAGGAUUGGUCCUCACAUGUUUGGUUCUGGGUAUUUUAGUUUCUUUUUUGAUAAUGACAAUGUUCUCAGAAUGAUUUAUGAUGGUUCUGAAAUUUCCAGCAUUUAUUGGCCAAAUAUUGCUUUUGGUGUAUUUGACAAUGGUAGAACAACUUACAACAGUAGUAGGAUUGCAAUGCUUGAUGAUAUGGGAGCCUUUUCUGCAAGUGACCAGCUAUAUUUCAGUGCUCUAGAUGUAGGUCCUCGGACCAAAAGACGGUUAACGAUGGAUUUUGAUGGGAAUUUGAGGAUUUAUAGCUUGAAUGAAUCGUCUGGGUUAUGGAACAUAACAUGGACAGCAGUUGCAAAACCAUGUGAGAUCCAUGGUCUUUGUGGUCGAAAUGGGGUUUGUGAAUAUACGCCAGAGCCAAAAUGUAGUUGUCCUCCUAGCUAUGAGCCCACUGAUAUAAGUGAUUGGAGCCAAGGGUGCAGGCCGAAAUUUCGUAGACGUUGCUCUAACUCUGAGUUUGUUGAGAUCUCCCACGUUGAUUACUAUGGGUUCGAUCUCAACUUUACCCGACCUGCCUCGUUUGAAGAUUGUAGAAACAUAUGCUUGGAAGAUUGCCGUUGUCAAGCAUUUAGCUAUAGAUUAACUGGUGAAGGAAUAUGCUUCACAAAAAGUGUCCUUUUUAAUGGAUUCAAGUCUGUUAGUUUCCCAGGUAGCAUAUAUCUUAGAAUACCAAGAAGUGCGCAAACAUCGAUCCCUGCAUUUCUUAAUGUAUCUCGUCUUGAUUGUGGGAGCGGACAAGGCAGAAUAGUAGUAUUGCCGAACACAUAUGACACCACUAAUCAAAGAUUCAACUGGGUUUAUCUGUAUUCAUUCGCUAUUGUCAUAGGCACAGUUGAAGUAGUCCUUUUAAUAGCAGGGUGGUGGUUUCUUUUUAGGAAGCAUGGUCUUUCAGGCUCGUUGGAAGAUGGAUAUCGUGCCAUUUCAAAUCAGUUUCGGAGCUUUAGCUACAGUGAGCUAAAGAGUGCAACGAUAAAAUUCAAAGAAGUUAUAGGAAGAGGAGGGUUUGGUACAGUUUAUAAGGGUAUUCUGGAAGAUGAGAGAGUAGUUGCUGUAAAGAAACUAGAAAAUGUAGUCCAAGGAGAGGAUGAAUUUUGGGCAGAAGUGAGCACAAUCGGUAAAAUCAACCAUAUGAACCUUGCAAGAAUGUGGGGCUUUUGUUCAGAAAGGAAGCACAAAUUGUUGGUGUAUGAGUUUGUGGAAAAUGGAUCAUUGGACAGACACUUGUUCUCAACCAAAACCGUUCUUGGAUGGAAAGAAAGGUUCAAAGUUGCAAUAGGGACAGCUAAAGGCUUAGCUUACCUUCACCACGAGUGCCUAGAAUGGGUUAUCCAUUGUGAUGUUAAACCUGAAAAUAUACUUUUGGAUGGAGAUUUUGAGCCGAAAAUUUCAGACUUUGGGCUAGCAAAGUUAUGUCAAAGAGGGGGUCAUAAUUCAUCAAAACUGACUAGGAUCAGAGGCACAAAAGGUUAUAUGGCUCCUGAAUGGACAAUCAACCUUCCAAUCACUGCAAAGGUUGAUGUGUAUAGCUAUGGAGUUGUUAUCCUAGAGCUUAUAAAGGGAAUUCGACUGUCGAGUUGGGUGGUAGAUGAUGAAUAUGGCACAGAGGAAAUACCAGAACUGGUAAAAUUGGUGAGAAUAGCUAAAAAUAAAAUACAGAAUGGAGAAGAUUCAUGGGUUGAAGAGUUGGUGGAUCCGAGAUUGGAAGGACGCUUCAGCAGAGACCAAGCUGCUAUGAUGAUUGAGGUUGGACUUUCAUGUGUGGAGGAUGAUAGAAAUAAAAGACCAACCAUAGAAUCAGUUGCGCAAAUGCUUGCAGAAUGUGAUGACGAUAUUCAAAUGUACACUACGGGCUUUAUGUGACUCCAACUUUUCUCUCUGUAGCUUAUUUAUAGGUGUUUAUGUAGCAUAUAAUACUUUCAGAUUUGCAACUGUUUCAGCUUUCAGCGUGCUUGCUGUAUAUAAUACCAAGUAUAAUUCAUUGACAAA